AUGUUUGCCGAGACUUUCGCCGGUUCACGUGGGCCCUUGACAAAGGGCCUGACUGCCGACAUUUUUUCUCAAAGGAAAGUGGCUUUUGAUGCGACGACAUGGCAAAUUUUGCUUUUCCUUCUCUUGCUUUUCCUGGCUCACGAGCUCUAUGCUUGGGGCAAGAAGCCUCUUCUUGCUGACAACCAGAAGGCCAACACCUUUCCAUUUCAGUGCGCGUUGUUGUUUUUUUGGUUUUAUUGGUAUGUGAAUCAAUCCCUCGUGCUGCCGGUCACCUUGGACUUUGCUGCAAGCAUGGGCCAAAGUGCCACAAUGUCUGGCUUCUUCGUCAGCAGUCCGUUGGCAACCUCCAUUGCAGGGUUGCAAGUGGGCAAGAUGAUCAUUGGGGAGAACGCCUGGGACCAGGCAAGUGCCAGAAGACUAAUCAUUUGGGCACCAUUGGUGUCCGUCAUGCUGACGGCAAUCGAGGCUGCUGUCUCAAACUCGGUAGUCCACUUUGAUUUGCCAGCAAAACGAGCAAGCUUUUGGGUGAUUCUUGCUUUGUCCAACCUAGCAGCAUUUAUUGUGGCACUUCCCUACGUGCCCUUGAUGGUGAUGUGGGCCAAGUUUACUCCGAAGCGCGAAAUGACUUUUUGGAUGAUCAUGGCCCAGUGUAGCAGGCAAAGUGGCUUUCUGGUUGGUCCUGCUGUAUUCGCGCUUCUGAGUCAGUUGGUAGGACGCGGGAAGCCAAUCGCCCCGGCUUCUGCGCUGGCUUGGGUACUGGUUGCCCAGGUUAUCAUUGGCUGGCUUCAGCUUGCCUAG